AGAGGGGAUAUUAGUAAGUGGGAAUUCUUCACAUAAUUAUUAAUAAAUCCCAGACGAUCAUACGGAUGAUUUGUGCUACAGUCUAAUGUCGUUUUGGAUGGCGCGCCGGCGGGUGGAAUUCAGAACGACUUUUUCAUCUGUGUAGGCUACUGUAGUCUGGAUAUUUUAUACAGAUGUCAUACCGUUUGCGGUUUAUUUUUUCCAUCGAAUGGAAUAUAUUUUCACUUCUGAAUGGAAAUUUCAUUAAGCUAUAGACUAGGCAUACUUAAUACUUAAUAGAUCAUUCAAAUGCGUCUCGUAAUUUUUCACUUUAGUUAUUGCCAUCGUUUUUGCCUAAAGGGAAAUUGAAUGCCAACUGAAUAAAAUCGUGGUUUUCAGUGCGACUUGUGUUUCAAGCGCUCAAUUGACAAUGAAACACCUCUCAAUCACUAAGGACUCCGAAGCUAGCUGAGCUUAUACUAACAGUUUCCAAGCACGGGGAACGAGGAUAGGCUGACUCGAAAAUAUCUGAAAAUACGGAAUUGUCAUCAAUACGUUGACAUAUGCUUAAAUUGAAAACAAUUCGUGUGGUGCGUUCUCUUUUAACAUUUAAUGCGCCGUAUCGGCUGGCCCCAGCCAUCACCGUGCGCCUCCGCCACAGACAUUUAUAUUGGAAGCAACAGGCUGAGCUCAUCCCACUGGUGAGAAAGUCGCCUUUCACCGGAGCAAUUCACUUCCUGUGUGUUUAUGCAAACCUUACGAGCCGAGUGUGUUCACCCACUUCGUGCUGACUACAACUCCCCUUUAAACUACCUGGGAUAGUGGUGAACAGUUGUUGGAACUGGACCUCAAGACGCUCCCACUGCAGAAUUGCGGGCUUAGUGCAUUUCGUUUACGCGCAGGCGACACACAGCUGUGGAAAACCCGACACUGCAUGCGGAGUGCUGAUGGUUGACAGGGCGAAAGAGGGCGGUCAAAAACACAGACGGGUUAAACAGCGUGCCUUGGUUAUGGUUUCAUAUCUAACUCCAAGGACCUGGAAUAUUUAAUUUGAUGUUCAUUCAGAGAGCUCCACAACUACACUUCCAAGACAGCCACGCAAGCCCCAGAGGACCUUUGCACAUCAGCACUUCAUGCCCGCCCUGGUGAUGCCAUGCCCCGCAACCACAGCGGAGAUGAAGGCGGCACGGGGCUCUGGAUGAAAACUUCUCCGGGCCACCGCGCCGAGGGCUAUGACUUGAAGGAUGUGGAGUCCGGCCGAAGGAUGAUGAACAACGCCAGUGCCGGGGACGGUUUGCUGUCGUCCUCCAGUGCUACAGGUGCCGGGGGUUCGGAAAGCCUGAGAGGAAACAAGGGAGCCCGGCUCAGCCUGCUGGGGAAGCCGCUCAUAUACAGCGCUCAGAGCGGCCGGAGAAAUGUCCGUUACCGAAGGCUGCAGAAUUUACUGUACAACGUGCUGGAGAGACCACGAGCCUGGGCGUUCAUCUACCAUGCGUUUGUGUUCGUGCUGGUCUUUGGUUGCUUGGUCCUGUCUGUGUUCUCCACCAUUCCGGCUCACCAGGACUUCUCUUCCGACUGUCUGCUCAUCCUGGAGUUUGUGAUGAUCGUGGUGUUUGGGCUGGAGUACAUCAUCAGGAUCUGGUCGGCCGGCUGCUGCUGUCGCUACAGAGGAUGGCAGGGUCGCCUCCGUUUUGCCCGGAAGCCUUUCUGUGUCAUAGACAUCAUCGUACUGAUAGCCUCCCUAGCGGUGGUGUCGGCAGGAAGCCAGGGUAACAUCAUCGCCACGUCCGCCCUACGUAGCCUCCGCUUCCUGCAGAUCCUGCGUAUGGUGCGUAUGGACCGGCGCGGCGGCACCUGGAAACUGCUGGGAUCAGUGGUGUACGCACACAGCAAGGAGCUGGUGACGGCCUGGUACAUUGGCUUCCUGGUCCUCAUCUUCUCCUCCUUUCUGGUCUACCUUGUGGAGAACAAGUUCAACAGCGAGUUUGCCACCUAUGCUGAUGCCUUAUGGUGGGGAACGAUCACCUUGACAACCAUUGGUUACGGGGACAAGACCCCGAAGACAUGGACCGGCCGUAUGCUCUCAGCUGGUUUUGCUCUACUGGGCAUCUCCUUCUUUGCCCUGCCAGCGGGUAUACUGGGCUCAGGCUUUGCCCUGAAGGUCCAGGAGCAGCACAGACAGAAGCACUUUGAGAAGAGGAGGAAUCCAGCCGCUUGUCUCAUCCAGUGUGUUUGGCGUAGUUAUGCGGCUGAUGAGAACUCGGUUUCCAUUGCUACCUGGAAGCCUCAUUUGAAGGCGUUGCAUACCUGCAGCCCUACAAAGAAGGACCAGGGUGAAUCCUCCACAAGUAAAGUUCUCAGUAGUAAGCAGAAGCUACUGAGGAGGUGUACCCUACGGAAACAUACUAGCCAGAAGUUGAGUUUCAAAGACCGUGUCCGGAUGGCGAGCCCCAGGGGGCAGAGUAUUAAGAGCCGGCAGACGUCGGUGAGCGACCGGCGGUCCCCGGGGACUGAGGCUGGGGGUACGGAGGGCACUAGCCCUGCCAAGGUCCAGAAGAGCUGGAGCUUCAAUGACCGCACCCGCUUCAGACCCUCCCUCCGCCUCAAGAUCCAAUCACGCUCCACUGCCGAUGCUGACUCUAACAUGACCACUGAGGAUGGGUUCGGUGAUGACAAGGGGUGUCACUGUGAGAUCUCUGUGGAGGACCUGCUGCCUUCCGUCAAGUCUGUCAUCCGAGCCGUCAGGAUAAUGAAGUUCCACGUGGCCAAGAAGAAGUUCAAGGAGACGUUGCGUCCGUACGAUGUGAAGGACGUCAUAGAGCAGUACUCCGCCGGACACCUGGACAUGCUGUGUCGCAUCAAGAGUCUGCAGACACGAGUGGACCAGAUCCUGGGUAAAGGCCAGGUUCCUCUGGAUAAGAAGAUCCGGGACAAGCUGCUGUCUGAUGGAGACCUGCUGGAGGACAUGAGUAUGCUGGGACGUGUCUGCAAAGUGGAACGGCAGGUCCAGUCUAUUGAGUCGAAGCUAGACUCCCUGUUGGACAUCUACCGGCAUGUGUUACGUAAAGGCUCCUCCUCUGCCCUCACCCUCUCCUCCUUGCCUCUGUUCGAGCUGGAGCAGACCUCAGACUACCAGAGCUCUAUCCUCUUCAAGGACCACUCUACCUGCUCUACCCAGGUCAGCAGCACCGGAGGUGGGCCAGGGAUAGAGGGCCAAGGGGGGUGCGUGACCCGCUCCUCCACCAACGCCUCAAACCUGUCCCGGGGACUUCACCUUAUCCUGGCGCCGUCCACCGAGCUCAGCCUCAACCUCAACACUGGCACCACCUCGCCUUCUACCAGUGGGCCCCCGCCCUCCUCGUUCAGUCCGUCGCCCCUUCCUCAACACCACCAUCAUCAUCAUCAUCAUACCCUGCCGGAAAGUGGGGAACCAGUCCAUAGAGGAAGUUCUUCUCACUCACCUCCUAUUCUUACUCCUAAUUGUGUAUCUGGAGGUGGGGGGUUUCCUACUCUGGCCAGGCCCCCACCAGCUCCUCCCCAGCCCAGCCGGACGGUGGGUCACUCCAGGCCGGAGAGGGAGAGGGAGAUGGUGAUGGAGGUGGGUGACUUCUGUGGAAGCCCGGAGGAGAGGGAGGAUGGUGAUGUGUUAGGCCCAGAACAAGGCCUCAGAAUCGGGAGGCUGGGGAAGCCAAGAGGGGGGUCCAGUGGGAACAGCAAUGCCAAAGCAGAGGGCUCCUGGAGGAGACGCACAAGCCUGGAGAUGGAGCCCCUGGUACCCCUCUCUUCUGCUCUGGGAGGAGGAGGCCGCUGUUCCUCUGGCUCCAAACCCAGCCAGGUGGACCGAAGCCUGGGCAAGUCCAUGUCCAUCCAAAACCUGGGGCAGGGGGGGUCAACCACCUCCAGGGCCCUGGAUAGCCACCACCAUCCUAGCCUCAGCCUCUCCUCCCCCAGCCCCUGCAGCAGCAAUUCCCCCACAGGCUCCCACAGUAGUCAGGACCCUGGGGGAGGGGGCGGCGGGGAUGGCUGGGGGGAGGAGGACCUCUUCAUCAGCGACAGGGACGUGGAUGCCCUCCCUCUCCCCCCCGAGGCUCAAGGUGGAGCUUUUGGCUUUGACUUCCUGUCCCAGGGGACAGCCGACGCAACCUCUUACUCAUCAGAGCUACUGAGGACAGACCCGGGGCUUGGGGCGGGGUUAAGUGCUCUGGCAGGGUUCAAUAGGAGCCUGGCGAGCGCGAGCGGGAACAUGUCAUCGCCCCCCUCAGUCGGGAGCGCCGAGUCCCUGAGCAUGCCGCAUGUACGGCUAAAAUAAGACACACCCCCGUGUCGUAUGGACCAAUCAAAAAACCUCAGCUUACAGAGAAGCUCUUUAUUCUAUUUUGGGAGGGGGA